UCACAGUUACCCAAACCAGAGAGUAAGAUACGCGCGCGAACAAGGUUCUCAAAACGCAGAGCCGAACCAAAACCCUAGCGAACCAAAUGGCCGAGAAAUUGGCACCGGAGAAGCGCCAUAGCUUCACUCACAACGGUCAAAAGGUAUUCGAAUGGGACCAAACCCUAGAGGAGGUGAACAUGUACAUCACUCUGCCCCCAGAUGUUCCUCCCAAGCAAUUUUACUGCAAGCUUCAAUCCAAGCACGUCGAAGUCGGCAUCAAAGGAAACCCUCCCUACCUCAAUCAUGAUCUUACCAGCCCUGUAAAGACGGACUGUUCUUUCUGGACACUAGAGGAUGAUAUAAUGCACAUAACACUGCAAAAGAGGGACAAAGGUCAGACGUGGGCUUCGCCUAUAGUGGGUGAGGGUCAGUUGGAUCCGUACGCUACUGAUCUUGAACAGAAGCGCCUUAUGCUUCAGAGGUUUCAGGAAGAGAACCCGGGUUUUGACUUUUCACAAGCUCAAUUCAAUGGAGGUUGCCCUGAUCCACGUACCUUUAUGGGUGGUAUCCGCUCUGAUUGAUAAGCUUGAUCGGCUGCUCUAGUUUCCUGCAUUAGCCUGGUAUUUAAUUCUGACCAACAGCUAGUAAAUAAGAAAAUUUGAUUAGUUUGCCGACUUGGCUUACUUCAAUGUUUGUAAGAACUUCAAUGCUAUUUAUGAUCUGUUGGUUCAUGAUUAUUCUACCAUGUUGUUGUGGAAUAUGAAUGUAGAGUUAACAAUCUAGAGCUUAUGCUAUUUAUCACCAGAGACCCAUUCUCUACCUUCCUGCAACAACAGUGCUAAAACUGUUUUUAAUUUUAUUUUUUAUUAUUAUUUUUAUAUGCUAUAGAUUCAUGACAAAUGUUCUGCAGGAAACCAAAUGGUAAAUUGUAUGAUUGGAGAAAUGAAUUGGAACUUUGAAAGUAUAACUUGA